UUCCUGUCAGAGCUCAAGAAGAACCUCUCUCUGUAAACCCCCAAAACCCUGAACUCUAAAGACCCAAACCCUAAAUUCCCCUAAAAUGACCUCCAUAACUACAAAAAUCCCCUCCAAGUCCCUAACCAGGCUCUUCACCCUCGCUCCAAGACCACCGUUCCGCACUCUCUGCACAGCCGCCGAGACUCGCGCCCAGAAGCUCGAGCGAAUCGCCGACGAGCUCUUGGACCUCACCAAGCUCGAACGCUACGACUACGCGAUCCUCUCGAGGCUCAAGAUGGGCCUCAACAAAUACGGGGACGCGGUAUCCGGGCUCGGCUCAUCACCCGCAGCCGCCGGAUCCGGGUCCGGGUCGGCCGACGAGGCCAAAGCUGCCGAUAAAACCGCGUUCGAUAUCAAGCUUGAGAAGUUCGACGCGGCGGCGAAGAUCAAGAUCAUCAAGGAGGUAAGGACGUUCACGGAUUUGGGACUGAAGGAGGCUAAGGAUUUGGUGGAGAAAGCGCCUGUGGUGUUGAAGAAGGGUCUCACCAAAGAGGAGGCCGAUACGAUCGUCGUAAAGUUCAAGGAUUUGGGUGCUACUGUGGUAUUGGAAUGAACUUUUUUCUUUUUUAAUUUUUUUUUUGAACUUUUUUUAAAUGUAGAAUAAUGGUUGUUUAGAUUAAUGGGGAAUGAGAAUUUUUGUUUAUUGGAAAUGGGUUUCUGUUAUUGCGGCUGGAAAGCGAAACUUGGGUGCUUUUGUAUGAUCCCAGUUUUAAUGAGAAGUGAUUCUGUUCAGGCAUCAA